UGACAAAAAGAGAAAAAAAUGUCAAGGAAAAGAGUUUAUAUGUGAAAUAAUAAAAAUGAAAAAGCAAAAAAUAAAAAAUAAAAACUAGUAGAUGAAAUUCCUCUGAAAGAACCACAGUAGCAGCAGCUUUAAAGGGACAGAGGGAAACAAGAAACGAAAUUUCUCUUUUCUCUGUAAAUUUCUAGUUUUUAAGAUUCGAUCCCAGCUAUUCUUUUUCUUUUCUUUUUUUUUUUUGUCUCUCUGUUAAUCAACAAUGAGCGAUCAAUUAGAGGAAUCGCCUCUCAUGGCUCCCCCACCGAUAACCGAGCCCAGCGAGAUCGACCUCGAGGCCGGCCCUGCCGAUCAAAUUCAGUGUCGAAUUUGCCUUGAAACCGACGGUAGAGAUUUUAUUGCUCCUUGCAAGUGCAAAGGAACCUCAAAAUAUGUACACCGCGAAUGCUUAGAUCAUUGGCGAGCUGUAAAGGAAGGGUUUGCAUUUGCUCAUUGCACAACCUGUAAAGCUCCUUAUCAUUUGAGAGUUCAUGUUGCAGCUGAUAGGAAAUGGCGAACCUUGAAAUUCCGAUUUUUUGUGACUAGAGACAUUUUAUCCAUAUUUCUGGCUGUUCAACUGGUCAUUGCUUCACUGGCAUAUUUGGUGUAUUUAAUUGAUGGGUACCAGCAGUCAUGGCUCCGUCUUACAUGGGGUUUUGAUAGUGAGCUUAGUUUCUAUUACAUAUGUGGAGCAUUACUAUUUUUUGCUUUGCUGGGGCUAUCUGGGUGCUUUAUUACAUGCUAUGAUCGAAGAGUGCGUAAUGAUUUGGCUCAGCCUUGUCGAGAAUUAUGUCUCUGUUGCUGUCAGCCGGGAAUGUGUGCAGACUGCCAUUUACCUGGCACUCUUUGUAUGUGGACUGACUGUACUGCUUGCUUUGAAAGCUGUGCCAGUGCUGCUACUGAAUGUGGUUGCCUAGGAGGUGCUGGUGAAGCAGGGCUGCCAUUAUUGUUCAUAAUGGCAUUGAUUGUGCUUGGACUAUUUACUGUGAUUGGCAUAUUUUACAGUGUUUUGGUGGCUACAAUGGUUGGACAAAGGAUUUGGCAGCGACACUAUCAUAUACUUGCUAAAAGAAUGCUAACAAAAGAAUAUGUGGUUGAGGAUGUCGAUGGUGAAAUGACUGGAUCUGACUGGUCUCCUCCUUCUCUCCCACCUGAGCAUGUCCAGCAGCUGAAAACACUUGGCCUUUUGUGAAUUUAAUAUUAUAUUUUGUCAUUGACAAAAACAAGAUAAUGUAAAGAUGGAGUGGCUGCUUAAUUUGGUAGGUCAGUCUUCACUACAGGCUUAUGAAUCCACUUCUACAAAAACGAGUUUUAUGCAGUUAUCAAGCAACAAAAUUUAAGGUUGUCACUAUCAUUCAGUUGGAAGUCUGUGAAUGAUAAGAUGUGAGAAGGUCUUAAUUGUAUUUUUUUUGUUUUCCAUAUUCUUGCAAUGUUUAUCUUUAGUUUCAAUUCCAUGAGUAGGAAAAGUAAUAACUGACUAUGUAUUUCAAAGACAGUCCAUGCUAAUGGUUUCCUGCCAAAUGUUAGUAACCUUAUAGAGAUCUAUUCUUCUUUUCCUGA